UCAAAGAAACACAAUUGCUUCAUGUGUUUUUUGCUUUCUUCCCUCAGGCCUUCCCAUUGCACCUUGGGAAAUCCCUGAGGGAAGUGAGGCCAAAGGAAAUCAGGACAAAUUCCCUUUACAGGCUCUUUUUGCUCCUCCUCAGCUGCUUUGCCUUCCCAGCAGGGGACAUCUCACCUCCCACCCUUCUAGGGCUGCCUGUCUGCUUUCAGAGAAGCUCUGAGACUGCAAACUGCCUCUCCAGAGCUUUUCCUACCUUGCAGCUCAGUAUUUCCUUAUCCCACUCUGGAGAAUUGCGGAGCUGCCAUUCCCUACCUCCAAGACAGAGCAUCCUCCAUGCAGCCAGCACCUUUCGGUCCUGCUUUCGCGUCUCACUUCGUCGGCUCGCGCCCCGACAGCGCCGUCCACAAGGUGGGAUGGAUUACAGAGUCCCUGGCGCCGUCAGCAAUGGCGAAACGGUGCCUGCACACCCUGGCAUGGAAAAGGAGAAGGAGGAGGAGGAGGAGGACCAGACCCUGGAGCGAGGGCAGUGGAACAACAAGCUGGAGUACGUCCUCUCUGUGGCUGGGGAGAUCAUUGGCCUGGGAAAUGUCUGGCGCUUCCCCUACCUCUGCUACAAGAACGGUGGAGGUGCCUUCUUCAUCCCCUACCUCAUCUUCCUCUUCACCUGCGGGAUCCCUGUCUUCUUCCUGGAGACGGCGCUGGGGCAGUACACCAGCCAGGGAGGGGUGACGGCCUGGCGCAGGAUCUGUCCCCUCUUCGAAGGAAUUGGCUACGCCUCACAGGUCAUCGUCAUACUGCUGAACUUCUACUACAUCAUUGUCCUGGCCUGGGCCUUGUUUUAUCUCUUCAGUUCGUUCACCAUCGACCUCCCCUGGGGCAGCUGUGACCACGAGUGGAACACAGGGAACUGCAUGGAGCUACAGAAGGCGAACACAACGCUCAAUGUGACCAACGAAAAUGCCACCUCCCCUGUCAUCGAGUUCUGGGAGAGAAGAGUGCUAAAGAUUUCUGAUGGCAUCCAGCACCUGGGCAGCCUGCGCUGGGAGCUGGCUCUGUGUCUCUUGCUGGCGUGGAUCAUCUGUUACUUCUGCAUUUGGAAAGGGGUCAAGUCCACAGGCAAGGUGGUGUAUUUCACAGCUACGUUCCCAUACCUCAUGCUGGUCGUUCUGCUGAUCAGGGGAGUUUCCCUGCCUGGGGCGUCCCAGGGAAUCCUGUUUUACCUUUAUCCAGACCUCAGUCGCCUUGGGGACCCCCAGGUCUGGAUGGACGCAGGCACUCAAAUCUUCUUUUCAUAUGCAAUUUGCCUGGGAUGCCUGACAGCUCUGGGCAGCUAUAACAAAUACCAUAACAACUGCUACAGGGACUGCGUGGCCCUCUGCUUCCUCAACAGCGGCACCAGCUUUGUGGCCGGCUUUGCCAUCUUCUCCAUCCUGGGCUUCAUGGCAGGGGAGCAGGGCGUGCCCAUUGCUGAGGUGGCCGAGUCGGGGCCUGGCCUGGCAUUCAUCGCCUACCCUCGGGCUGUGGUCAUGCUGCCCUUCUCCCCGCUCUGGGCGUGCUUUUUCUUCCUGAUGGUUGUUUUGCUGGGACUGGAUAGCCAGUUUGUCUGCGUGGAGAGCCUCGUCACAGCUCUUGUGGACAUGUACCCCACCAUCUUCCGCAAGAAGAACCGCCGGGAGACCCUCAUCCUGCUGGUCUCCGUCCUCUCCUAUCUGGUUGGGUUGGUGAUGCUCACAGAGGGUGGGAUGUAUGUCUUCCAGCUCUUUGAUUACUAUGCUGCCAGUGGCAUGUGCCUGCUCUUUGUGGCCAUCUUCGAGACUCUCUGCAUCGCCUGGGUCUAUGGUGCCGAGCGUUUCUAUGAUAACAUUGAAGAUAUGAUUGGCUACCGGCCAUGGCCCAUCAUCAAAUACUGCUGGCUUUUCAUCACCCCAGCGGUUUGCAUGGCAACCUUUCUGUUUUCUCUGAUCAAAUACACUCCGCUGACCUACAACAAGAAGUACGUGUACCCAUGGUGGGGAGACACCCUGGGCUGGCUGCUGGCCCUCUCCUCCAUGGUGUGCAUCCCUCUCUGGAUCGUCUACAAACUCUCCACCAUCAAAGGCUCCCUCAGAGAGAGGCUCCGCCAACUCACCUGCCCACUUGAGGACUUGCCUUCCAUGCCGGGCACGGGACAGCCCCUUCCCUCCACCAGAGCUGGCCUCCUGAUGCUGACAGAUCUUGAAUCUCAUUGCUAG